CCGCAUCUCGCCGUCUUCUCGCCCCCUCUCGCUGUCUUCUCGGCCUCGUCCGGCCACCCGCUUGCGCGUCUGUUCCGUCCGACCGGCCCCUUGGUCGUCGCCAUCGUCUUCGCCAUCGCCAUCGCCCUCAUCCGCAUUCCCCCCCAUCGCCUCGCUCCUCGCCCUCCUGCCCACUUAUAAACCACAUCGCUCCCCCGCCCUCUCGCAUCUCCGGGUCUCAUCCUUCGAUAUGUACUAUUCCCACUCGUUGUUCGUCCAGGCUCUUGCUGUCGCCGCGGCCCUCCGAUCCGCUGCCGGGCACGCCCUUCCCCGUAGCCAUUCCUCGCGAACCGUCGGCAACUUUGGUCCGACCUUGGACAAGACCACCGUCCACCACUAUGAAUCGCCCCUGAGCAAUCCUUCCCCGCAGCUCUCGGCCUCGGAUCUCGAUCCUGCUCUGAUUGCGAAACAGCAUCUGGCCAAGGCUCUUGGCGUCUCGGCCGAUGGCCUUGUCGUCUCCAGCUCCUACCGCUCCAAGCACAACGGCGUCACCCACGUAUAUCUUCGCCAGCUCAUCGGCGGCCUUGAAAUCGCCAACGGCGUUGCCAAUGUCAACGUCGACCGAGCCGGCCGCGUCAUUUCAUUUGGAUCGACGCUCUUCCAAUCCGCGUCGCCUUCUGUCGAACCCGCUCUCCGGCUCCAAGACGAUGCCAGCGACGAUGUAGUUCUUUCCGUUGCUGCUCCCGCUGCCGGCCAUGAGGAUGUUUCUGCUCACAUCGAUCUGGCCGACAGUCGCAUUAAGCUCUCGCCCUCCGAGGCUGUUGCGCGUCUGGCCGAGUUUGUUGGCCUCCAGUCCUUCCGCCCCAGUUCCCUCCAAACCGUCCCCAUCAACAGCCUGAACACACAUGGCCCCCAAUUCGUCGUCAAGGGCGCCUCUUUCUCAAAGAAGGACAUUCCAACCAAGCUCAAAUAUAUCCAGAUCGACGCCGCCGGCGCCGUGGAGCUCCGGCUGGUGUGGGACAUUGAAAUGGACUUGAACAGCAACUGGUAUCAUGCCCAUGUUGAUACCGAGACCGGCAAGGUUCUGCAGCUCGUUGACUGGGUCGCAGACGCUGCAUACAACGUCUACCCUAUCGGAACGAACGACCCCAACGAUGGGGAGCGCGUCCUGGUUCACGAUCCCGCCCACAAAACCGCCUCUCCUCUUGGCUGGCAUGCCCAGCACGGACCCAAGGGCAAGAACUUCACCGUGACGGCCGGAAACAAUGCGUUCGCCCAAAACAACCCUGAUGGUGGGGACGAGUGGGAGUCCAACUAUCGUCCAAACGGUGGCGACAACCUGAUCUUUGACUUCCCCGUGGAUCUCAAGCGUCAGCAGCCUACCGAGUAUGAGGAUGCCGCCAUCACCAACCUCUUCUACUGGAACAAUGCUAUCCACGACCUCUUUUACACGUAUGGCUUUGACGAGGAGUCCGGCAACUUUCAGUUCGACAACUUUGGUCGCGGGGGCAAGGGCAACGACUUUGUUAUCGCCAACGCCCAAGACGGCUCUGGCACAAACAACGCCAACUUUGCCACUCCUCCGGAUGGACAGAACGGCCGCAUGAGAAUGUAUAUUUGGGACGUGACCGAUCCCAACCAUGAUGGCGAUCUUGAGGGCGGAAUCAUCAUGCAUGAGUACGCUCACGGCAUCUCGACCCGUCUGACCGGCGGCCCGGACAACUCGGGCUGUCUCGGAUGGGGUGAGGCCGGCGGCAUGGGCGAGGGCUGGGGCGAUUACUUUGCUACAAUCCUCCGCACCACCAGCAAGUCUACCCGCGAGGAUGACUUUACCAUGGGCUCUUACGCCAACGGCGGAAAUGGAAUCCGAAAGUUCCCGUACUCCACCAGCAAGAAAACCAACCCGUCCACAUACGCCUUUGUGAUGAAGCCCGCGUACUUUGGGGUUCACGCCAAGGGCGAAGUCUGGGCCGAGAUCCUCUACGAGGUCUUCUGGAACCUGGUCGAGAAGCACGGCUACGACCCUGACUGGUACAACAAUGGCUUCCAGGGUGACGAUGACGAUGGCUCGGAGCUCUACCGCGACUUCCGCACCGGAGCCCUGGCCAAGCGAAGCUUCAAAAAGCACAAGGGCAAGUAUGGUGGAAACGUGAUUGCUCUCCAGAUCGUGCUCGAUGGCAUGAAGCUCCAGCCCUGCUUCCCGAACUUCAUCUCUGCCCGCGAUGCCAUUCUCCAAGCCGACGAGGUCGACAACAGCGGCGAGAACUCGUGCGAGAUUUGGAAGGGCUUUGCCAAGCGUGGUCUGGGCGUGAAUGCCAAGAACCUCGGUCGCGAGAACUUUGAUCUGCCAAAGCACUGCCGUGACUAGAUAUCCAUCGUGACCGAGAAUACAGGCAGCGGCACUGCCAUCCCUUCGCGGGUGGAAGCCUCGAUCGGCGGUUGCCAGCGUGGCUGGAUAGGUCGCGGUCAAGCUGUUUUUGCACUCUCGUAUAUUGAAAUCGACUGCGCCUCUCUCGCCCCGCAAUGCGACGUUUUGCUCAUGUGCCCAGUCCCGUUCAAAAUUUUGUUGUCCGUCCUGCCUUGUCUUGUCAUGCUGCCCUCCGGCUUUGCUCUCGAGUGUGCGAGUACACGAUAGGAAUCGCGAGUCGCCCAAUAUAUUUUUGCUCGACAACUCA